CGGACCGGCCCAGGCCGGCUGCGCCCCACAACGGCCCCCUCUCCCCCCACAAACGCGGGAAAUAAACUAGCCCAGGAAUGCUCGGAUCGCACCUCCCCCCCCCCCAGCAAUGGCAAAGUACAAGCAACGUAGACGAAAACUGAGAGCCAGAGCAAAAUUUCUAACAAUAAAAAAAGGAGAUGCUGCUAAUCCCCAGGGCUCAAGUUGUCCCUCUCCAAGGUCAGCAGGUGAUCUUCCUCUGAACACAUCACCUGUCCAAAGCCGUCUGUCCUCAAUCUGGUUGUUAGCUUUGCCCAGUGUAAAAAAUGUAGUGAAACCCUUUUCAACAACAGUAUCGUUUUUGUACGGUUGGUGCCAGAACACUGUUACACAGAGUUUUAAAGUGAUUAAAGACACCAUCUUUCCAUCACAAAGCCACUUUAAGGAGUUAAACAAGUUUAGAGAGCAGCUGGAAAAGUUGGAAACUGAAUUUUCCAGAUUACAAGGAAUACUCCAGAUGAAUGGAACUGCAACUUUAUCUUCAGAAAAUUCUCUUUGUCAAAGGUGUAAUAAACCAGUUCUGGGUGCCCCUGUACAAACACAAAUGGACCUACCAUCAUCAGUAUCUGGGCCUUCUGCAGUACAACUGCAACCUGUAUCUGCACCACCUCCUCCGCCGCCACCACCACCACCACCACCACCUCCUCUGCCCCCACCACGACUGCCUCCAGCACCUCUCCUCCUGAAACGAGGCAGCAGCUCUAAAUCACUUCUGGAAACAUCACUAAAAAAAGAUGGGCCGAUGCACAUCACUCUCAAGGAUCUCCUGAAUGUAAAACUAAAGAAAAUAGACAGCAACCGUAGAAUGGACAAGGCAGGAUCACCAGCGAAGACAUGCAGGGCAUUAAUUACAGUCUCAGAUUUACAGAGUAUUAGUCUGAGACCUAAAUCCAAGCCAUCAGCUCACAUUACAAACCACUUAAUUACUCCUGCUAAAAAUCAGUUAGAUCUUCGAAAACAUCUUAAGAAAGUAAAUAUACAAAGAAGUCCUGGGGGUACUCCACUAAAUAAUAAAGAAAACAUCGAAUGUGGCACUGGGUUGACACCAAUAAUGACACAGGCACUACGACGCAAAUUUCAGAUGGCUCAUCCAAAGAGUCCCUCUCCAGCCCAGUUAAAUGCUGCAAACAGCUUCGAUGAACAGAAAUAGAAUUAUGGAACAAUGUAUUUUGUUCAGUUAUGGUGAGGAAGCCAUUUGAACCCCACUUUUGUAUCACUCAGGCAUAAUGUAUUUGUAAGUAAAUCUAAUGCAUAUGAGAAAGGGGAGUGUUGAAAAACCUUCAGCAGAAUUCUGCUUUUUAAAGGCAGCAUCUUUGUAACAUGUCUCCAUCUGGUUUUAUCUUCUCUGUUACUAUACAAAGUUGAAUGAAAUAUCCUGGGUCUUUUUAAUAUUUGGCUGCUGCUGAAACUUUCAAAAAAUAAGUAGGGACUGUUACGUUCCUGGCUUGCUGCUGCUUGUAAUAUAGGUGCUGGUUCACUUAAA